AUCCAACCAUCCUUGCACCGCAAAAAUCCAACAGUAUCAUCAGAAUGUCAGGUUCCGAGAGUCCGGAAAGCUCUGAGCUGGUCUCUGCCAUCCAGGAUCAAGUCGAAGAGUGGUCGACCAGCAGCAAUGACGCCCUUCACAUUUCUCUCUACCGUGGCGAUAACGUCGUAUCAGACUUUGGACCGGCAUGCACAUACCCGAUCUUUGGCGAGGAAGAAGUUGUCUUUGGCUACAGAGGACUGGACAUGUCCUUGUCGUUGGCUGCCCACAAUUUGAGACCGCACAUGGAUAUCUCAUGGACCGAGCAGUUCCCUCAACUGGGCGACAUCAAAGCCUCUGACAUCCGCGGCGCACUUGACGACUUCAUUCCUCAAUCCGCCUUUGCUACAAAAUCACGAGCCGAAGCUCUCGCCGACCCCAACGCUACGAACUUCACCCCUCCAGGCACACUCCUCCACACCUACACACAUGAAGGACGCAAAUACGAAAUCUGGAAAGCCACGUUAUCAGAAGAUGGUGCCAGAGAAAUUAUGGAGAAUACUCAGAUACUGGUACCCAUGUUCAUCGAAGGCGGAACCAUCAUCGCACUCGACGAGCCUUGGGUCGCCGAUCGCUGGACACUCUUCACGCUCUACCAGGUCGACAAAAGACUAGCCAACACAUCACCGUACACCUUUGUUGGCUUCUCCACAUCUUACCGUGUAUUUACGCUGCCCGAUCGCCGUGAGCCUGCAGAAAACGACCUCGCCCUCCUUCAACACAACGAAUCAGAUAUGGAUGCGGUACUUCGACGCUGGAAUUCAAAGACUGCGAAUGAAGAUACACACCUUCUCAAAUCUCCCCUGGAACUGCCCAGCCGCGAGCGCAUCUCACAGUUCUUGAUCAUACCCACGCAUCAAGGCGAAGGCCAUGGUGCCAGACUUUACGACACCGUCUUCAAAAGCCUCAUCAGCCCUGACAACGUCUGUGAAUUGACGGUCGAGGAUCCCAACGAGGCAUUCGAUGACAUGCGCGAUACCUGCGACUUGACCUGGCUCCGCAAGAACAACGAUGAUUUUGCUUCUUUGGCGAUUAAAACUAAGAUUGACAGUGCUAAGCUGAAGGCAACCGAGAACAUCCCAGUGGACGACAUUGUCUCAGGUGACGCCAAAGCUCGCAUCAAGAAGACCAGCAAAAUCAUGCCUCGUCAACUAGGACGAUUGAUCGAAAUGCAGACUUACUCAAAGAUCCCCAAGCUCAACAGAUCGGCGAGUCGCAUCUCGAGAAAGGAGAAGAGCACAAACGAAAUGGAUCGUGCUUACUACCUCUGGCGUCUAUACGUUAAGCAACGCCUUUACAUCUCUAACCGCGACGUGCUUGCCCAACUGGAUCGCGAGGAGCGUGCAGAGAGACUCGAUGCUACCAUUGAGAAUAUUCAAGUCGACUACGACCGUCUUCUCGAGCUUGCUGACAAGCGUGCCCACUUCAUCGACAGCGAGGUUGGAUCCCACAAUGGCGCUACCAAGCGUAAGAAGAAGGUAGUUGUCGAAUCUGAUGAAGAUGAGGAUGAUGCUGAGGCCGGCGAUGUCGCACCUACAUCUUCCAGGAAGAAGAAGAGAAGAACGGCCUAGGAAGCUGCAAACAGAAAAAUCGAGGCACGAUAUGAAAGAAUGGCAUUACGGGCUCGCUAUGAUUCGGGCCGUGAAUGAAGAAGUUAAGGGAAGCAGUAAUGACUCCGAGAUGAAUACGCGUCGGAUACGCAAAUGUGAUUAUUCCCAUACGGAAGCAAAAAAGCCCCGACUAUCGUUAUUGCUAUGCUAGAUAGGAGUCAAGAGGAGCGAUCAUUACCAACGAGCCAAGAACAAAUGUCAAUCUGACCCAUCAAUGUCCCGAAAUAGCAAUAUGCUGUAGUGACUGUACAUUAAACUGGAUUACGAAUGAUGGACCCACGAGACACCGCCGAGGUAUUUGAACAAGAGCGGUGUGGAAGACAAGUAACCACCAACAUCUGACCAGAUUGAUCCACGUGUUUGAUACC